GGCCCGGGGCCGGGGCGUGGAGCUGGCGUUUUCUCUUUUUACUCUCCCUUUUCUGCCCACACACCCUCCCCCCCUAGUCGGUGGUGAGGUGGGAGGCGGCGGUGCGGCGUGAGCAGGCGGAGGCUUGGCCGGAUCCCGGGGCGGCACUGGGGCGGUGGUGUCCCAGGAAGCUUUGGGGCGCGGGGCCGGGAGACGUCUCCGUGGUAGCGACGGGCUGGGGCAGUGGCGCCGGGACCUGGAGACCCGAGCGCUCAGACUGCAGGAAGCGGAGCCCUAGGGCCAAAGUGGGGGCCCAGGGCGGGAUCUGAACCGCUGGCCUCAGGCAGAGACUGCCCGGGUUUCUGGUGGGUAAAAUCUGAGCUGGUGAGGCAGGAGACAGUGUAGGAAGAAGUUUGAGACUGUGCUCCUGUUACUGGCAGGCGGCUAGCAUCCCAGAUGUGGUCCUGGUUGGCAGGAAACACCUUUUAUCACCUGGGUUGGACGAAUGGUAAACCUAAGCAGGGAGGAGGAGGGAGACACCAUCUCACCCAUGACUCAUCAGUCCUGAGCCUGGUCCCUUAGUAAAGCCAGGUGUUCCAACAUCAUAAGAAACUGCCUUGGCAAGGAAGGAGGGACGUCCUUGAAAUUCUGAGUAGCGUGUCCACCAUCUGAGAAAGAAGGCCUUGGAACUGCUUUUAUCCCAGGGCCUGGGAUGCCAGAGAGGGUCCACAGGGCCCAAAAGAGAGCCCAUAAAUAACUUUGGGUAACCGCCCCACCUUUCAUUAACUGUCUCCUGUCAUGUAUCUGUCUUACAACAGGAUGAACAAAUGGCGUCUGGAGCAAGAUAAGGAUUCGAACUAACAGACCCCCACACUUACCUCAGUUUAGGUAGGCAUGUUGCCCCUCUCCCCCCACCCCAGGAAAGCUGGCACCACCUUUACCUGUCAGUCAGUGUGUAACUUGUUCACCCCACCCCGCCACCUAGGGAAGUCCUCAGAGCAAAGGACUCGCUGUCUGGGCGCUCUUGGCUCCCUGACCACCCUGGGGCUCACCCCCCGGGCCUUCAGCCAUGCAUGCUUUUGCCACCCUGCUUUGCCCUGAACCUCUGCCUUUCACCCCCUCUACACCCCGCCCUAGCUCGGCCCAGUCUCUUCCAUGGGAAGGGGUCACUAAUAAGCUAAUAGAGUUGCUGAUCUGUAACCCUUUAGAUGCAUCAGUAAGAAGAACCAGGUGUCUCCUGUCAACAGAAUUGGUGCCGAAACCCUGGACCCAGACUUGGAUCCCACCCUUUUCCUCCAGCCAUUUGGAACGCAGGUAAAGCCAGCUCCUGUUGAUCCACAUCACUCCCCAGACAGCGGAGGGAUCCAGACUCCACACACACCUGUGAGCUGGUGGGGGACCUGCAGCUCCGGUUCAGAAAGAAGACGACAGGGGGGACAGCAGGAUGAUGCCACGCGUUCCUGUGCGCUGGUGGAGGACCUCAGGUUCCUUUGCUACACGGCUGCUCCUGAGUCUGAUAAGUAGCUUUCUGUUUUACCCCUUAGCCCCUUUCACUUAUGCUAAAUCUCCACCUAAAACUGCCUAUGAAUUAGACAAUCAUACUCCCCAGUCUUUCAAUUCUCCCUAUCCCCUUUCUCUUUCCAACCAUACUUCGGGCUAUGUUCAGCCACUGGCACUAGAACAGUGGGGAAACAUCUCAGCAACCCUGGACGAAAACACUGUACAUUUCAGCCCAUGGGGCAUCAUAGCCGCUCAAAACCUUGCUAAGCGAUUGCCCAGGACUUUCUCCACCAGCAGUCAACGCUCCCCUAGAGGGCCUGUGUUUUCUCACUUAAUAAACCAUCUGCAGGUCACGUACCCCCUCUGCAUUGUCAGUGAUGCUCCAGGAGGCACGCCCGUGGGAAGGCUGGCUGACAGCCAGUGCCGCCAAAAUCUUCUGAUCCCAGACCCCCCGCUCACAAACACUACUCGUGGAAUUCCCCUCACCGCCAUACCCCAUAUGUCUGGGGGGAUUCCUAAUCCAGGGGACGAGACAAAUUUCAUCCACACCCGCUUUCCAGGGCCAGCUGUUCCUAGCCCACCUUUGUACAAAAACUCACCGAAAACAGCGUACUGCCAAGGCAGGCCAUCCUAUUCGGUGAAUCAUUUCCUCCCACAAGAAGGAGAGGACUGUGUCACUCUGUACCGCAGCUCUCAGGUCGCCGUACAUUUUGGACCGAAGAGGGGCUCUAUCUUUACUGAAGCCAUAAAUAGCCCAAGUUUCUGCAAUCCUGUCAUAGACCCCCUGGCUGCAGCCUCGCUGGCGGCGCAAGGACUGCAAUGGUGGGGCACCAAAUACCCAAGGACCAGGCAGCUCGUCAAAGGCAGAUACGUCUCUGUAGAAACCCAGCCGGUUAAGCUGGCAGAAAUUGAACUGAUGGCAGAAUUACCCCCUUUAACAGGAGUCUUUUGGGUCUGCGGGUCCCAAGCAUACUGGACCCUCCCUCCACAGUGGAGAGGACACUGCUCCCUGGGGUAUGUUUCCACAAAGUGAGAAAACACCUCCGUCCCAUUCCCAUGAUGAGGUCGAGGACAUCUUUUCAAGAGGUCUGGUCUCCUUAUUCCUCUAAUACCACUACAGGGGUUCUCUCUGCCACAGGAGCGGUGGUAGGUAGAGCCUCAUUAGGGACCCACCACUGCCUAUCACAGGAAACAGCUAAGUCAUUGACUGAAACAGGGGAAACACUGGCAGCUCUCCAAGGGACACUGGACUCAUUAGCUGGAACUGCCCCCCGCAAUCGAAGGGCAUUAGGCCUCCUCACAGCCUCAGUGGGAGGAACAUGUCUACCUCAAGGAGCAGUGUGGCUUCUGCGUCAACAAGUCAGGGCAGGUCCAGCAAAACACCCAAAGCACCCCCGAGUCUGCACCUGGGAUCAAAAGUUCAACCUGUCUGUGGGAUUCCAAUUCAUGGCUCGUGUCUCUACUUCUUCCCUUUGCAGCACCGUUAUUAAUUAUACCAGUGAUACUAUUAUUUGGGCCUAUGAUAAUCAACUUACUAACUAAAUUUGUCUCUUCUUGAACAGAGGCUAUAAAGCUGCAAAUGAUUGUCAUGAACAACUAUGGACCUGAGGAACCAGAGGUUCCAGGCAUCCCUCGUGGGCCGACGGAGGGACACUAUCCUCCCCCUCCUCUGGCCAAUGCACAGCAUCCCUGACAGUCCCAGAGAUUCUUCACCAGCUCCCAGAUAGAUAGGGUGAGAGUCUCAUGGUUCUCGAUAGGCAGGGUCUGCUGUCCCAUCCAAGCCUGAAGUAGCUACGGAAGACGGACCUUCACCCCUCAACAGCCCAAAAAAGAAUUUUUGAGAACCAUGUCUCUCAGGAAAAAGGAGGCAGGAGACAGCAUAGGAAAAACUGUGGGACUGCACUGCUGUUACUGGCCGGGGGCCAGCGUCCUGGUUGCCAGGAAACACCUUUUAUCACCUGGGUUGAAUGAAUGGUAAACCUAGGCAGGGAGGAGGAGGAAGACACCGUCUCAUCCAUGACUCCGCAGUCCUGAGCCUGGUCCCAUAAUGAAGCCGGCUGUUCCAACAUCAUAAGAAACUGCCUUGGCAAGGAAGGAGGGACGUCCUUGAAAUUCUGAGUAGCGUGUCCACCAUCUGAGAAAGAAGGCCUUGGAACUGCUUUCAUCCCAGGGCCUGGGAUGCCAGAGAGGGUCCACAGAGCCCGUAAAUAACUUUGGGUAACCGCCCCACUUUUCAUU